UGUUUAAAAAUUCAUAGUUGAUUAAUAGUUUAAUGCGAAAGUUCCGAGCUAUAUCACCGAAACCCCGUUUUCAAAAUUCAAACACUUGGGUUUCUGGGAAUAAAACAAAGCAGCAACCUAAAUAAACAGAUGAAACAUUGCAGGAUCUGCUGGGUUGUCCAAAAAUCUAUACUCUAAUUAAAAGCGUCUUCCAUCUAUAUCCUCCUCACAUUUUGAUCUCUGUACUGCCCAACGUGCGUCGUCGUUUCUGAGCUCAGCAACUACAAGAAUACUGAAGCAGCUGGUCCCAACUAUCUCGCAUGGUGAUUCUGUUUCUCUCCCUUCUGUUGUUGCCGGAGGCGGCUUUCACCGACGCUCAGACCUACGAGGUGAAACCCUACCAGUUCGGUCCCUUUGAUCCAACAUAUUACGACAGGUUCGCAGUCCUCAGCCCCGCCACGAUCAACUUAGGAGCUCUUCAGAUCACGCCGGACUCCGCCAAUGGCAACUUCAGCAAGGCCAACAAGUCUGGUAGGAUCUUGUACAACCAGUCUUUCACCCUCUGGAACUCUGAUCUCGACUCUUCUUCUCCGGGAUACGUCGCCUCUUUCAACUCGUCCUUCCUCAUUAACGUCUAUCGUCUCAACAGCUCCGGCAUCCACGAGGACUCCGCCGUCCCCGGAGAGGGCAUCGCCUUCAUUAUAGCCCCGGAUUUGACCCUCCCAGCAAACAGCGCCGGUCAAUAUCUCGGUUUGACCAACGCCACCACCGACGGUAACCCCACCAAUCACUUGGUGGCAAUUGAGCUCGACACUUUGAAGGAGGGCUUCGAUCCGGACAGCAACCACAUGGGGCUGAAUAUCAACUCGGUUAAGUCUAACAAGACGGUGCCGCUUUGGGAUUACGGGAUCGAGAUCGCGCCACCAGGCACGGAGUUUUAUAUGGUCUGGAUCCAAUACGACGGUGGGUCACAUAAUCUGUCGGUGUUCAUGGCCAACCAGACCGAUCAGAGCAAGGACGGGAAAGGAGCGUUUGUUAAUAUCCGGCCUCGGCCCACCAGCCCAAUUCUAACCGCCAACCUUAACCUCAAGGACAUUGUCAACCAAAAGUCCUACUUCGGAUUUGCCGCGUCCACCGGAAGUAACAUCCAGCUCAACUGCGUGUUGAUGUGGAAUCUAACGGUGGAGAUUCUGCCGGACUUGGAAGGUGGAGGGGACAACGAUAAGGUGUUGAAGAUAGCACUAGGGGUGGGUGCCGGGUUGGUUUUAGUCCUACUGUGUUUAUUCGGGGUGGGUUGUUAUGUGUACAAAAGGCGAAAGGCUAAGGCGUCGGACCCUAACAUUUUGGGCGCGCUUAAGAGCCUUCCCGGAACACCAAGGGAGUUCAGUUACCGAGAGCUUAAGAAAGCCACCAACAACUUCGACGACAAGCACAAAUUAGGCCAAGGUGGGUUCGGGGUGGUAUACCGAGCUGUGCUAGCUAAGGAGGAUAACCUCGAAGUGGCAGUGAAGAUGUUCUCAAGGGACGAGGUUAAGGGCAGAGACGACUUUUUGGCCGAGCUCACCAUCAUUAACCGCCUUCGCCACAAACACCUCGUCCGGUUACUCGGUUGGUGCCACAAGAAUGGGAUGCUUCUCAUUGUCUACGAGUACAUGCCUAACGGGAGCUUGGACAACCACCUAUUCUCCGGGCCGGAAAACACAACCCUAGGAUGGAAACAGAGGUACAAGAUCGUCACGGGUGUGGCCUCAGCCCUACACUACCUCCACAACGAGUACGACCAAAGAGUAGUCCACAGAGACCUCAAGGCUAGCAACAUAAUGCUUGACACCCACUUCAACGCGCGCCUAGGCGACUUCGGCUUGGCGCGCGCUCUGGACAAUGAAAAGACCUCAUACGCUGAACUCGAAGGUGUCCCGGGCACGAUGGGGUACAUCGCCCCGGAGUGCUUCCACACGGGAAAAGCCACAUGCGAGUCUGACGUGUACGGGUUCGGGGCGGUGGUUCUAGAAGUUGUGUGCGGUCAACGGCCGUGGACUAAAAUCGGCGGAUACCAAUUUCUAGUGGAUUGGGUAUGGUCGUUGCAUAGAGAAGGGCGUGUGCUGGAGGCUGUGGACGAGAGGUUGGGUAAUGACUACGUAAUUGAGGAGGCCCAAAGGCUUUUGCUUCUUGGGCUGGCUUGUUCCCAUCCAAUUGCGAACGAAAGGCCCAAGACCCAAACUAUAGUUCAAAUCAUUUCCGGGUCGGUUCCAGUCCCCCGAGUCCCACCUUUCAAACCCUCUUUCGUGUGGCCUUCCAUGCCGGAAGGAGUGAGCAGCAUUGCCAACACGGUUAACACGACGUCGUCCUGGCCUGUCGGGAUGUCAGCCUCCGAUAGGUCUGAGUGGAGCCCACAUUUGGACAGCAGGGAUAUAUAUAGUGACAGCUCUUCCCUGGUUUAAGUGUUCGCUCAUUAUGUAAGAUAAGAUCUCAACCAGUGUUAGUCCCAUUUUGUUUAUUUUUCCUCUCUGCCAUUUGAAUAAACAUAGAAAUUUCAUAGUUUUUUCAAGAAAUUUCAUAGUUUUUGAUUGGUUCCUCUUUUGUUUUUCACCAAAGGUGAAUGAAUGUCCAUGUGUAAUUUGUAAAUUCUGUUGGAUAUAUUUAUAGA